AUGCAACAACCACCACAUCCAUCCUACUUGCAAACUGAAACUUCUAGUCGAGAAGUUUCAGCGCAUGGUCUUGCUGGUUCUACUCCAUACUACUCGAGCCAUCAUGCUGCUGUUGGAAAUCACCAUUCCUCGACAGCAUCUUCAUAUGCACAUAACUAUCAUGAUUAUUACACAUCCUCUGGUGGGAAUAGUUCCGCCGCAGCUCGUCUCAUGCCAAUGUCGUCAACGACGACGAGUCAUCACUCGACGCAACUCGGCGCUCAUGAUUCAAAAUAUCACCAUUAUAGUUAUGAUGAUAAUGGUUCUUAUGGUGUGCAAGGCUCGCACCAUCACCAUCAUCACUCAUAUGGUUCACACCCUCCUCACCAUUCAUCCUCAUCUUCAUCCUUCUACCAUGCAAGUGGGAAGAGCUCAUUACCCAAUAGCAACAGUAGUACUAGUUCAUACUAUAAUCGAGAAGAUGGUUUGUAUAAUAAUACCAAUGCAGCUCACUCAUCACUCUACCAUUAUCCUUCUUCACUUACUUCCUUUAAUAGAAAACCAGCAACAACCACAUCUCAAUAUGUACAUGCUGUUGGCUCUGUCGGAUACGAUCGAUCCAUGCAGCCAGCAGAAGAUAUUGAAGAGGAUAUUCCUAUUUCCAACAACAAUCCACACCAUUCAUUCACAACAAGAUAUCCUUCUCAGUACUAUCCAUCCACAGCAUCAACAGCUGUUACUCCUCCUCCUCCGCCUAGUACUGCAACACAAGAUUUAAAUUCACCACUACCACCACACACUCAACCAUCUCAUUCGUCAUAUACGUCUUCACCCUAUUAUGCAUACAGUAAGCAUCAAUCAGCAUCUACAGUGCUAGAAGACAAGUAUAUGAGAUCAUCGAACCAUUCAGCAGACACGAUUUCACCCCAAGCAACUGUUCAAUCUUCAUUCAAUGCUGAAUCCAAGUCGAUAACACCGUCAAAGACAGAAGGUGGAGUGUUAAGCACAAGAAAAGCUCUCGAUGAAAUGAUGCAACGAUUGAAACGUGACAAGGAAUCGCUCCAACAACUUAAAACUGAGAUACCAUCAUAUAGCUCAACUCAUAACUUCCAGACUCAACAUACAAGUUCUCAUCCACCCUAUUCAUAUACCUCACCACAGCAAUAUUCAUAUCCUUCAACAAGAUAUGGUGAAUACUAUUCAACAUCAAACAUGUAUGGUGGAUAUUAUCCCCAUGACGAAUACUCCCCAGGUAUUUCUUCACAUCAUGCAUCUUAUAAUCACUACCAAUCUGAUGUUUAUAGUAGAGGAAUUGCAAACACCCAUCCCAUGGAUAGCGUUCCAGAUGAUGCAGGCUCUUUCACAAAGUCACAUUCAUCUCCAAAACCUCAUCACGCUCCCAAUGGCCAAGUAUAUCAUCAAGAAAGGAAAAAACUUCAACCACCUUCUGCUAUGAAAAAGAAAGGCCCACCUCCUUCAAACACUUUGCAGAAAAAACCAAAACCAAAACAUCCACAAACAUCGUUGGCUACUUCUCCAUCGGCAAACGAGAGUGCCAACAAUGCAAUCAGUACCACAGUUUUGCAGAACGGAACUCCAACCAAGAAAGUCAAACCGCCCAAGCCAGUCAAAAAGAAAGAUCAACCUGCAUCUGAUGUUACGGGCUCAACUGCUAUAGAAUCGACGGAUACAAGUUCAAAAAUUGCAACAAAAACCAGUUUAAGGGUUAGAGCUGCUAAGCAAAAAAGGAAAGAUAUUUCUCAGCUUCUAAAGGAUGACAGUGAAAAUGAAUUGGCAAACUCUCCUGAAGAAGAAAAAUAUCGAGCAAAUGGAAAAGAAGAGGACGAAAAAAGUCAAGAAUCUGUGAAAUCAAAAGAGAAUGUUGAAAUUGGAGAAAACUUUAUAUUUUCCUCAAGCAACAUGGAUUUAUUAUGUGACACUGUUGACAUGGUUUCCAAAUGCACUGAAUUCUUAGUGACAGAGCUGGAAAAAAGAAGCAAACCUUCUUCUGAGCUCAACCCAGAGCUUGAGAAGGAAUUAAUCGAUCUGUCUGUCUUUAAUUGCGUAUCAUAUAAUGGCAAGAAAAAGUUUGUUAAACCACAAAUUACCAAAAGAAAGAUUAGCAAAAAAGUUGAAAAAUCCAAGAAAAAGAUACUCAACACCAAUUUAGUUGUGAAUGAAGAAUCAGGAGAGACAAUUCGUAAAGGAAAACUGAAAAGAGGUCCUGGAAUUGACGUUUAUGAAAUUAUUUGUGCCUCAAGACUAGAGAAGUUGGACAAUGAAGAAUUGAGAAAGGAAUUGCUCUCAAACGAAAGCAAAACAAAUCUUCUACAAGCUACAGAGAUGUUAGAAUCUGAUCUCCAAGAAAGUGAGCAUGACGCCAAACCUUUGAUCUAUUACCUUUCAGGAAAUGGUGUGGAAAUUGAACCUCACAAAAACAUUCAUCACAAAUCGAUACUUGAUUUAAUUGAGACAGGACCUAUCAGAACAAAUGAUGGUAAUGUUUAUUCCAUUAAUUCUCAGAGAAGGAUUCUCGAAUUAUACAACCUUGACAAAAAAGCAAUUUCUAGAGAUCUAAGAAGUAUUGAGAAAACAAGUAGAUUGAGCCCUGAUACCUUAAAUGAGCUACUAAGCGACAAUUUUGAAGACAACAAUGACGUUGCUAUUCCAGAACCAUCCCCAAGAAAGAAAAUUUCUCCAAAACGUUCUGUGUCUUCAGUUUCCUCAGACGACAAAAAGAAAGAGGACGAAGAAGAGCCUGUCUGCAACCAACCCCCAACAGAUCAAAAAAAGAAGAAACGAAAGUUCAUGACUGACAAGAAGCAGAAAAACACUUUCUAG